AUAAUGGUGUCUAUUGUUUUCGGCGAUCGUCAGAAUAUGUUUAAGACAAUUCUAUGUCUCAACUUCUGGUUUUUAUCAAGCUUUGCUUACGUAUUUGCUGAUAAUAGGGAAAAAGUCAUAAGAUGUAUAGCUGGCAAUGUUACCAUUCAGUUUAAACCCAAAUUGGUAGAUGACAAAGAGGUGAAGAUGUACGUAUGGAACAAGGUCCGAGGCGUAAACAAAGAUCCAAGCUUUGCCAAGUUUGAACCUAGCGUUUCAUCACAGCUUGAGAUAUAUUUUAAUGAAGAGCACCAGGUUCAGAAUCGAUUAAUCCACUAUCCCGAUGAGCCUGCUACCUUAUACCUCACAAAUUUAAAGAAAAGUGAUCAACAGCAGUACACCCUCGCUCUUAGCUAUGUUGAUUAUAUUGGAACACCCACAGAAUAUAUUAUAGACCUAGAAGUACAAGAUGUUUGUUUUGAAAAACCAAAAGAAGUGGGCAAGUGUGCAGUUACAACAUGUUAUACAGGAGUCAAUGGGGUACUGAAGACCCAAGAUGGCGCGAAGCAGACAGUGAUGGGAUAUAAACAAGUGAAGGUCUGUGAUGAAGCGACUUCAGGCAACUAUUCAUGCUGUAAUGCUGCAGGAACCUGUCUUGUUCAACCCUUACAAGAAUCCACAGAUCCUAAGGAACUGAUGAGUUGCAAAGAUGAACAAAUAGAUGGAAUAUUAUGGAAUACUGCUAUGGCGGGUAAAACUUUAAAGGAGCCGUGUCCUAGAUAUCAAAAGGGAGUGGCAACAAGAUUUUGUGAUGAACAUGGAGAAUGGGAACCUCCAAACUUUAUCAACUGCACCAACGAAGCUUUAGUGAAUGCAUCGUCACUUUUGGAAAGUAUCAUCGGAAAUGAAACACAGGAUCAAAUUAGAAUCCAGGAGACAGUUAACAAUACUCUACAACUGAUGAAAAACCUGACGUCGUCAACAAAUGGAAUCGGUGCUGGUGAUCUGAGUUCGUCUCUGGGCGUUUUAGAGAAGAUUGUAACAGUAACCAACGCUACAGGAUUAGCUAUCGAAAAAGAGGUAUUUUACGCUGUUAUUGAUAACAUUUUGUCGCCCGAUAACUCAAACUCUUGGACUACUGUAAGCAAAGAGACAGAAAAAGACCCCAGCUUUCUCCUAAAAAAUAUGGACCGUUUCAGCAAGAUUACACUCCAAAACGACAAUAUUACAGCGACUAAAUUUACCGGAUCUAAUUUUGAGCUUGUUAUCAACCAAACAAAAAUCGAUGAAACGGGGAUACGUUUUCCGGAUAAACAAUCAAACAACGUUUCUCAAAACUCCAAAGAACAUCCUACCGUUCUAGAAUUACCAAAACAAGCAUCAAACGCUACAAAAGCGAUCAACUAUGUUGCUGUUCUAUAUAAAACAAUGUCAGACAUUCUGGGAUCUGAUCCUAACAGUAAAGAGUUGAAAUGUAAACAGGGGGAAAAGUCUAAGCAAAGAUCCUUUGUCAAUUCCCCAAUAUUGUCCCUCACGACCCAGACAGACCUAGGAGUGUUGGAUCCACCUCUCAAUCUUAUAUUUGGACACACUGUCAAAAAUGAGUCUACAGAAAUGCGCGCUGUAUGUGUAUCAUGGGAUUUUAAUCUAAAUAAAUGGUCUGAGGAGGGAUGCACUGUGAACCGAACAGAUCGUCAGAAAACAGUUUGCCAUUGCAACCAUCUCACAAACUUUGCUAUUUUAAUGAGACCAUACACUCAGGUAACAGAAGAAAGUCCAUUCUUAAAAACGAUGUCACUUGUUGGGGUAGCUCUCUCCAUAGCUUUUACGUUUCUUACUUCUUUGAUUUACAUCCUGACAUGGAGAUUUAUCAGGAGUGACAAAAACAUCAUGAUGCUGAAUAUCUGUGGAUCGUUAAUACUGUCGUAUACAAUUUUCAUAUCGUUAGUCGAACAGACAGAGAAUGAGGUUGCUUGCGUCGCGAUAACGGCCAUUAUCCACUACCUUUUCUUAGUGACCUUCUUCAGUAUGCUUGGGUUAGGUGUAUAUUACUUCAUGAGUAUUACAGUGACUUACUAUGCCCUGUAUGUUGCAAACAACUUCAAGUCUAAAUCAAGGGUUCGUUGGUUUCUGGGUGGAAUCUGGGGUAUACCGGUCAUUAUUACUGCAACAAAUCUUGGAGCGUUUUGGGGUAAAGGAUACCACCUAAAGUCGUACUGCUGGUUGUCCAUCGAAAGUGGCUCUCUCUAUUUGUUUAUCAUUCCAGUUUGUCUGAUUAGUUUGAUCAACAUUCUUAUAAUUGUUUCACUUUUGAGGGUGUUGUUUGCUUCGAGGAUAGUGGCAAGAUCUUCACUGCAGAGGAAAGCGUCAUCCGGUCUGCGGUCACUCGGAACACUUCUGCCAGUUCUAGGAGUGACUUGGCUGUUCGGAAUCCUGGCAGUUAACGAAAAUGCAGUUGUGUUUCAGUAUUUGUUUGUCAUUGCAAAUUCAUUCCAGGGGUUCUUCAUUUUUGUUUCACACGUUUUGUUAGACAAAAAGGUUAGGCAAGGCAUAUGGAAUAGAUACCCGAGUUUGAGUACAAUAUUGAGUUUUGCUGAGCGAGGGACAAAAGAAACUACUCUUAGUUCACAAAGCCCGUCGACAUCUAAAUCAAAUGAACCAUUGAUGAAACAGAAAAAGAGUUUGCUUAAAAGAAUUCGGCAAACCAAAGAGAAGAAGUCUGAGUUAUCAAUGUCAGAAAAAACGAUGUCUACAAGUUGUCCACAAAGUGUUUCUCAUGAAAAAAGAAAUGAAACAAAUUCUGAUUAAACUUCUAAUUUGUGAAAGAAAGAGAGAAAUGUCGCAGACCAGAGGAAAAGAACAAUUUUAACAUAAGUUAACUGUAAAAUGUUAAAUGUACAAAUUUGGCUCUUACCUUUUACUCGGAUAUUUCUCAUAGAUUUAUGGUGCAUCCAAUAAGGUGGUUUAAAUGUAUUUUUACGAUAGAUUCCUCACAGUGUAUGACUUAUUUUAGUAUUGAUCGUUCGGUAUGAGAUCUUUUAUAUACAUGUAGUCAUAAAGAAAGCAUAUUAACAAUUACGUUCCAUUUUCACAAUAUAUUUUUAGUUCGUUGUAAGAUGAGAUGAAAUUUUAAAAACAAGUUAUUUUUGUGUCUGCUUUAUCAAUGCUUAAUUCUACUUGCAUUAUAUCUGCAAUUUAAUAAAAAAAAUUAAAUACUACAUAAGCAACUUAUAUUCGUUCAUCAAUGUUAUAUUAAUUUAAUUACAUGAUUGCAGAACUUAAGCGUCAUGAAGUUAAAAACAGUUAUUACCUUCAUUGUUGAACAUAAACAAUACUUUUGAAUUUUAAGAAAUAUAUAUACCUGACUGUAUACAUGUACCAUAGACAGGUGUUUUUUGACUGUUAAUCCUAUUCUCAUUUGAUAAACUAUUUUAUGCAACCUCUUUUAUACUGUUGGUUUUUUUCUAUUCUUUUGUAUUCUUUUUAUCAUAAUAUAUAUAUAUUAUCUUGUUUUUUUUUUUAUUUGUAACUCACCAAUGCAAAAAGUAGCUUUAAAAAAAACAUAUAUACAUAUUGCUUUGAUAAAUAUGUUUGUUUCGUUUAGUGAUUUCUUUUUUCACUACAUGUAUUUUCAAACAGGAUGGAAAUACCAUAGGAAGCAUUUUAUUUUUCUAAUAAUUUAUAGGUGAAAUACGAAACACAACUGUGAAUCAAUUCCAGACAUUAAACGUAGCUGAAAUCUAGAAUAUCAUUUAGUCUAUACAAUAUAAGUAUAGUAAAUAUAAGUAAGUAAAAGCAAAAUGUUCAAUUUUAUGUUGCCCGAAAAAAGAAAAAGCUUAUUAAUGGGGGGGGGGGGGGUCGUCUGCAAUCAUUAAGAGUUAGUUCAACUUUGUUUUUCAGGUGGACAAUGCAUUGAUUUCAUUGAUUAUUGAGUUGUAACAAGACAUAUUUUACAAAGCCUGUCAAAUGAAUAAUGAUAUACUUUAAACAAGUCUUAGAACAAAAGUCUUGAGAAGAAAGCAGAAAAAACAAAAUAACAUCGUUGAGCACAUGAAACACAGCCAUAUGAAUGUUUCAUAAGAUUUCUUAAUAAUCUAAACUAUAACAAUUAUAAGUUAUUUUCAUUCAUUUAUUUUUUUGGCCAAAAUAUAUGAUAUAUUGAAGAAGCGCCGUUUUUUCUUCCGACGGAAACUUUUGUAACUUGGUUUAAAAGUCUAACAAUUUCGCAUAUAAUAGACAUUUUUUCCAUCACGUCUAAGCAAGCGAUGGAGUAUCUUUUCUGUUUAUUCUCGAACAUAGUUGUUACAUUGUAGGAUCAAGAAA